AUCUUUAUGAUAGUCUUUAAAUUUCCCCUUAGGUGGAGCUGUGAGAAAGACUCUUUUCUAUUUGGCUAACAAUAUGGUCAAAAGCCUUAGCAAUCACACGUUUAGAGGAAGUGCAAUGGUUCCCUUGCUGCUGUUACUUCUGCUGCACGAAACACACGCAGGGUACAAGGAAACACAAGUGUGUGUCAACACGUCAUCAGCUACCAUUACGACUACCAUAACAUCUGGUAGCAUCAUUGAUAACAAAGACAAUGCCGUGACUUGUCAGAAAGAUGGAUUUCCUUGCGUAUUUAUCUGCACGAACUUCGACAACACGUGGUUCAAUGGAUCAUAUUUUUGCUUACACACCAAUGUGACAGACGAUGCUGGCAAGUUUGAAUACAACAUAAAGCCCUAUGGAACGUGCACUUUACACUUAUGUGAGAAUGGUAUCAUCCAAAAACUUAUUAAAUCUUAUGAGAGCAGUGAUGCUCAACAGAAGGAACUGAUGCUACUCUUCUACAUAAGGAAUUCAUGUGAAGAACUCUUCAGGAAAAGCAGCGAUGUCAAGAAAGUCUUUAUAAACGUGGAAAGACAUAUAAUCCACAAUAUCAUGAACAUAUUCCAGCCUGGGACUAUAAACAUGAUAGACCUGUCUUUGAAUGUUGGCAACUAUACCGCACUCUACUCAACCGAUCCCUGGAUCCAGACAGAAGCUCCACAGCUGCUGCCUCAAUCGGAGACAUUUGUCCCUGAGGUUUGGCUGCCUGUGACAGGCCUGCACAACAUCCCAAGUGAGAAGAGGAUUAUUGGUUUGGUCAGCUACAGAAACAACAACCAGUUCCAAUUUGACCAGGAACAAAUCCUAUCAAUGGUUAUCAGGAUAGAGGCCCUGGGAGAACAACACCUUCAUGAUUUGACUACACCAAUCAAGAUGAUUUUCAGAAACAUUUCAGACAACAAAGAGGAUAACACCUCACGGAUAGAGUGUCGGUACUUUGAUGAACACUAUUUUGUGUGGAAAACUGAUGGAUGUGAGACCACCGUGAACGAAACUAAUGUUACUUGCAGUUGCAACCAUGCAACACCAUUUGCUAUUCUAAUGAUAAGAGACCAACCAAUUUCAGCGGUCCACUGGAAAAUACUGUCACACAUCAGUUACGUAGGCUGUGCCUUGUCUGCCUUCUUUACUUCUCUGUCCAUUGUGGUAUAUGUGUUCAUUCGAAACCCCCAAAUGGAGUUCUCCGUCUCUAUCCAUGUAUCUCUGAGCGGGGCCUUGUUCCUGCUCAAUACAACCUUCAUGCUGACCGAGUGGGGGGCCAAGCUGAACAUAGACUGGGUGUGUGUGUGUGUCGCAAGUCUCAUGCAUUACUCCUUGCUUUCCUGUUUUACCUGGAUGGCCAUAGAGGCACUUCACCUCUAUCUACUGCUGAUAAAGGUGUUUAACACCUACUACAAACACUACCUGGUCAAACUGUCUCUUGCUGGAUGGGGGAUCCCUGGUGUGAUCGUGGCAGUCUCUUUGGCAGUGAAGGACUUCAAACAGUUUUAUGGACUUACAGAAAUGACCAUUGCCAACAGUAACAACACAAAUGCCAUAUGCUGGAUUACCGAUGACUCCUUCUUCUACUCCCUGAACUUGGUGUAUUUCACAAUGAUUUUCAUCUUCAACACCGGCAUACUGUUGACUGUAGCCUCUAGCAUCUGUAAGAUGAAACAAACGUUCAGGAGCAAACCAAAGCCUGGGGGAAGGGCUUGGGGAGACCCAGAGAAAUUGAGAGCAUCCUGCAGGAAUGCCCUCACUGUGUUAGGUCUUACCUGCCUGAUGGGGACCACAUGGGGUCUAGCCUUCCUGGGCUCAGGAUAUGUCAACUACCCCAUCCUCUACCUUUUCUGCAUCUUCAACUCCUUACAAGGUCUGCUGUCAGUUCAGAGUUAUGUUUGUCUGAAGUUUUACCAGCUUGUAACUCCACUAAUGGUUUUGUCUUUAUCCAGGCUUCUUUAUCUUCCUGUGGAUCUGUCUGUCAGUCGACAAACAGAGGAAGAAAAAUAUGGAGGACAGACAGAUUUCAUCCCCGGGGAAGACUGUGGUAAUGAAGUCUGAAUAGCCCCCCCCCCUUACCCUCCUUCAUGUAACCAUAGCAAUGGUAACUCUCACAUGUAACAUGUAAGGUUGAAACUUCCUACAACUUGUACACAUUUGAUGUAAACACUGUUCUCUGUAACGUUAAAGCUGUCCUCGCAUGAACAUAAAUCUUUUAAUGUGAGCUUCUGUCAUUAAAGUAAGUGAGUGAACUUUAUAUAGUAAAGCUGUUUCCUUCAUUAACAUGCUGUCAGUUGUAUAUUGUGGUUUUGAAUAAAGUUUGUAUAUUACUACUCAACAAUGUGGGUUUCCCAAACCAGUCUUUGAAAUCAUGUGCAUUGCUUUGAAUUAUUGAAAUGAUAUAUUAAAAUAUCUACAAAUAGUCAGAGUCUAAAUUGCAUUAUUAUUUCCCCAAGUGAGCUGCCAGCUUUGGAAAAUAGUACAUUGCGCAGGUCUCAGUUUCACUUCCAGCUGUGUCAGUUGACGAUUUGGCCAUCGUGACUUCACCAUUUCUUCUUCUUUCAUCUACUGGAAAACACUAACAUUUAGAAACUUCCUCUUUCAUUUAGGCUCUUUGCUCAAUGUUGGCGUCUUAAUCAUAAAAUAUUCAUAUAUUUGUUUCUAUGAAUAGCCUGAGUCAGAUGUUGAGUGGUGAAGAUUUGUUCUUUGUUUUUUUUCAGUCAUAACUUUUUAAAAUAAAUUAUGAAAUGAUGACAGCUCAGUCUCAAAUGAAGCCUCCACAUUGACCUAAUCUGUUAACACACAAUGGGACAUUUUACGAAAUGUGAGAAGAAAUUUCCUAUAAAACGUAACCUCAGCAAUUCAGAGGAAUUGGAUGAUUUAAAAACCCUUUGUAACACAUCUCUCAUGAAUCAUUUCCUGUCAAUAUGAUGCACCCACCCCCACUCCACCACAGGAGUGUAAUAUAUGUACAUGUGAAACUCCAGGCUGACCUCACUAUGCAAACUAUCCUGUGUAUGGAACACUAGCAUCUUAUGGCUCAACGGCAACACACAAUGUGGAUUACUCUUUUUAUCGUCACACUUCUGGUCUGGUUUUCUGAGACCCAAGCUGGUAAAUACUGUGAACAUGUCAUCCACAAGUGUAGACAAGGAAAUAUCUCCUGGACAACGUGUUACGAGAAUGAAAUUACAACCUGUCGAGUAGGAGGCCGCAUACCCAUCCCUAACUUCAUUCGUGUGAAAGUGGACUUGUCUCA